AUGGAGAGUCGUCAUCCAAAGAGAAGAAGGGUAGCCAGCCGCAGUUGGUCGCACCUUGUGACGGACAUCCUCAUCGAUGUCGCUUCCAAGCACGUGACCUCCGCCGCCACCUACACCACCCUCCGCGGCGUGUGCCGGAGUUGGAGAGCCGCGCUCCCCGCCACCGUGCCACGCCCGCACCGCCUCCCCCCGCAGCUCCCCUUCCUGUACAUCUUUGCCCACAGCCCUCAUAAUCCCGCCGGCCAGGCCUUCUCCCUCACCACCAAUCGCACCUUCGCCCUACGCCACCUCGCUGACGCCCAUGAGAGCGCCUCCGUCGGCUCCGGCUACGGGUGGCUCCUCCUUCUCGACCCCGUGUGCAACCUCAUCCUCCGCAACCCCUUCACAGGCGACACGAUCCGUCUCCCCUCCCUCGAAGGCACCCUUGCCCUCAACUGCAAAGACAAGCCGAUGUCCCAGCAACACUUUCUUGUCCACCGAGCCAUCUUAUCAUCAGACCCUUCUGCCGACCGCAACUUCUUGGUAGUCCUCUUCAGCAACGCAUCGUUAACCCGCUGCUUCACCUGGCGGAGUGGUGACAAUUUCUGGACCGUACGCGAGCACCCCGAGUUCUUCGUCGACGAUAUCAUAUUCUACGAAGACCGCCGCUGCAUCGCCGUCGGCAUCAAUGGAGCAUGUGCGGUCUUCGACUUCGCCACGGCCGAUGGCGGCAACGGCUUCUUCACGGAAGUGCCCAACUUGCCGGCUUCGGGAUCGCCGUUCUUGGUCGAAUCGGCAGGGAAUGUGUGGCUCGCUACAGUGAGGAGUAUUACCUCAAGAAAAAAACCCAAAGUUGAGAUUUAUAGGCUCGACUUGAGCAGAUUGCCGGAUGAGAUAACGGCGGUUUCCGAAAGCGGUGAUCUCGGUGGCCGGAUCUUGUUCUUGAAGCAAUGCAACUCGAUGUCGGUUGCGUCAAUGCAUUUCCCUGGAUUCGAAGGCGAUAGCAUCUACUUCCCGAAAAUCAAUCGGCAUAGUUUGGAAGAUCCGCGCAAUAACUACACUGCAAGCAUUUGGGAGUUCCAGCUCAAGAACGUCAUCGUGGGCCGGAGCAGCAUCGAGGGUGAGUGCAGAGUGUACACUCCGUGGCCGAAGCUUUGGUGGGUUCCUCCGAAUCUCCACAAGAAAUUGGGUGAGUGA